CAUAACUUUAUAUAUAUAUUUCUGUAUAUUGGGCGGAAUACGUGUGUGCGGUCCCUCCCCUGGGGUGUGGUCGGGGCUCCUGAGUUCCAGCUGGGUUCCUCCAUCUGAAGAGUCGGAGCUGGCAGCUGGUAAGACUGUCAGACUUCAGCAAUCCGGGGAGACAGAACUAGACAGGUAUGUGAAACUGACUGGUCGUUUUAAACAGUGCAUGCAAGCAAUGAGACGUAUUGUGCUUGGAUUGUUGCAAGUAUUUUCUUGUUAUUAAAUUGCUAAGUUUUUCAAGUAUAGUAGUUUUUGUAUUGCUGUAACGCUGUUUUUUUAUCCUAUCCCAUCCCAUCCUCCCCUCACACCACGGCAUUGCGUGCUGUAGCAGUUUACACCUUUCUUGCUGAACUCUAUUCUCUCAGGUCUCCUAAUUCCAUAUAAGACUGGGGCAGCGGUGGAUACUGUUCAUGCAGCAACGCUGGAAUAAAAGAAGGUCAAUGCUUUCUUCUGCAGAACCAAACACAAUACUAUUAAAGACACGAUUCGAGUACCAAUGUUAGUCUCAAAACAUAAUGCACGCUCUAGGUCAGUAUAAUAAAACAUACUGUAAGAACAGUAAACUGCAAAAAUACCAUGCACAUUUACCAUAAUAAUUCUCCUAUAAUCAGACUUAAACAUUAACUUAAACAUAAGAAGAUAGAAAAUAUCUUGAAAUGAAUUUGUGCACGUACAACAUAUGGCCACCAGGUGGUGCCAAAGUAAAAGAAACAACGUCCCGUAAUAGAUGGGGAAAAAACCUUUAAAACCCUUUUUUUGUUUGUUUGUUUUUUGCACAUCCUUAAUUACAACUAAAUACAUUUUUACAAGUGAUUUAACAUUGGAAAUACUGCAGAUGGGUCGUGCUGGAAUGUGGUCUUAUAGGUGUGUGUCAUUAACCUGUAUAUCUUCUUCUGUCACAUGAUUUAGAAACAAUACUGGAUAGAGCUGGGUACCCCUGUAAUAGAUGAAAGUGGAUUGAAUUGACCCAUCAGUCUCCAAGGUGACAUAUUGAGAUCAAAGAAGCCUAGGUGAUCCCUGAGCCUUUCCAAACUCCAGACAGGCACGUCGCUUUCAAAAACCCUGAGAAAGUGCCCAGUGCCUGUAACCCUGAGGGUCAUGUCCUCCCGCAAUGAGGCGGACUCCAUGAGCCCGGUGAGGAGGGCAUUGCAGCCUGAGCCAGUCAUGGCGGCGGAGUCCAGCUGCUGGGUCUACUACCACAAGCCCAUCAUCGUCAUGUUGAUCGGGGGGCUGCUGUUCGCUGCCGGCACCGUGAUAGCCUUCCUCUACUUCUCGCAGGUGGGAAGGGUGCCGUACGCGCUGGGCCCCGUGUGCCUGUCCAUCGGACUCAUGUUCCUGGUCACCGGGCUGGUCUGGGUGCCCGUCAUCAAACAGAAAGUCCGGCAAAAGCGACUUAUUAGGGAGAUGUAUGCCAGGAGAUCGGCCACUUAGCCAGAAUAUGGAAGACACUGAAAUAAGCUGUUUCCAUUCAACUAUUUUAAUGCGCUAACUGUAACAAAACAAGAAAACACGUUCGAAGGGGUGUAUGAAAAUAUAUCCUGUACGAUAAAUGAUGCGCACAAAUGCAAUGGAAAUGCUUUCUGAGCGAAUUUGAUCUUUUUUCAGUCAUAUGGAACGCAGGACAUCUCCACCGGGACUGGACACUUAAUUAAAACUUAAUGACACACAUGUCAGUCAAAUCUACAGCUAUGACCAAAUGUUUUGCAUAGAAUUUUAGGAUUGAGGCAUAAUUAAAAAAAUAAAAAUAAACUACCAUUUAACCAAAGAAACUACAAAAUAUAUAUAGCAAAAGUCUAUCGGAAGCCAUAAUAGCAGUACAGUAUUUCAUGUUAGAUUUCGAAAUGUCACAUUUUUUUCAAUUUUGUAAUUCAAUAUGGUAACGUAACAUUAUUCAGCAGGUUUCAUUGUACUUUAUGAAGCAACAUUGGUUAAUUAUGUAGACUGCUGGAAAACCUUUGAACACAGAUGUAAUU